CUUUACUCUCUGUUUUAGCGCACUAGUCAACUUUGACCUUGCUAUCAAAGGUGUCGUUAGGAUUAUUGUAUGAAAUUCUUGCAAGAGAUUAUUCCCGAUUAUUUCUUUAAUUAACUCCUAAGAAGUCUAGCAGCCAAAUUCUUUGACUCAAUUUUAUUCUUUGUCAUUGAAAUGAUGGAUGGCUUUAUUCUCGAUAUAACUCGAUUUCUUGUAUUUUUUGCGAACAUAUUUUAGUUAUCGGUUAAAAAAAUAUUUUUAUGAAUGCAGGGUUUUCAUAUAAGGUAAUAGCGUGAUUUUAAACAGUAUUUAGACCUUUGCAAAUAAUUUAAAUACCGGUUUUCCUAUUUCCCGUUUGAAUGUUUUUCGAACCACUAUAUGUAUAUUUUAUCGUCGACUGUGGUCAUAUGACUUCUCUAUACAUUACAAUUUACAGUUCUCCGCUUUUUUGGUCAUUAGUUUCUCUUGUUCAUAAGUAUUACUGCAUCUAGUUUCCUUUUGAAAACCUGUUUGUUGUCUGGACAGUGCAAAAAAGCAAUUGCCAACGCCCAAACUGUCGAUACCCCAUUAAAAGUGGCAUGUAGUGCGACAAGUGCAAAGGACAGUACCACAAAGUUUGCACAAACCUAACACCGACUUUCAAACUGUUUAGUAAGAAUGGUUGCAUGUGGUUUUGUCAGCAGUGCUGCUCGGACACAAAUAGCUUGCUAACCGAGCUCAUUUCAAUGGUAAGUGCUGCUAUAAAGUGUACAAACCAACAGGGUUGAAACACAUCGAAAAAUAUUCGCUUUAUCGAUACACGAAUUUAUGUGAAGUCACCUCAAAUAAGCUCGGUAACAGCUGACUUGCAUGGAUCGAAGAAGAAAAAACCGACUUCAAAGAGGUCUUUUCUAAAUAAAAGCUCUAGAGAGAAAGUUUCCUCCACCGCACAUCCUCUAAAUGGUAUUUGGCAGGAAACUUCUAAAAAACCCAAUUGCAAGGCUAGAUCUGAUACCAUCAGGAAAACCAACCUGACUGUUAGACUCGCCUGUGACCGUCCGGACCCCCACAGUGUUUUUGACUCGACUGUGGUCGCUACUCCAACGAAAGUUGAUGAAUGGGUACAGGUUGAGAACAAGAAAAGACAUAACGCUAUUAAAGAAAAUCAAACCCAUUCUCAUAGUAGCCGAGAAAUUAAAGACUGAUCACGCUGACAGAAAAUUUACGAGGACACUCUAAAAAAGUUCACAAACCCGGAACAAAUUACUUGUCAGUUGACUAUCGACUUCCUCAUUGAAUCGAUAACAAGUGGAGUUCAUUAUCUCAACAUGUGGUUAAAGCUCCAUCUUUCGACCCCUUCAAAAAAAAGUUGAACCAACCUAGAAACCAUCAUUGCCAGGAAUAACACAGGCCAUCUAGCCUCCUGCUCUUUUCCAAACUGAAAGUAUGUUAUCGGAAUUAUCAAUCUACGUUAUGUAUUUUGAGUUGCAUCAAAGUACUUUUGUUCAUUUUGUCUCGUUUCUAGAUUAAGAAUGGUGCAGUUAGUAUAAGAACAUCAGACGUUGAUGACUGACAUGAAAUGGGUUUUACAUUAGGGAUAUCAACAUGUGCAAGUUAAUAGAUUCGUAAUUUCACUAGUAUCCUCCCUCAAAACGUAUUUCUUAUCGUUCAGAUUGUCUGCAGUUAUUAUUAAGUAGCCUUAAUAUUCGAUUGUUAUCGGAAUAAUUCCAUUUUGCAACUGAAUGACGUUGAUGUACUGAUUAAAUUUAGGGUAUCAUCAUGUGUGCAUAUCACACUCCUGGUGGUUGAGUUGAAACUACUUUUCUAAGCAACAAUUUGCUGACACAGCUUUCAAAAAGUCACUUAGUUGUAAUCUUUAUCUCGAGCGAAAAAUCCUUUUAGCUAUUCAUAAACUUCAUAUAAUUUCAAAGUGGCUUGAUAUCUGAUGACAGGCAUAAAAUGUGUAACGUAACCUAGCAAUUACAUGGGGACUAAACCCUAUAUUUCGUAAUGGUUAGAUAUGCUGUCUAAACCUGGUGAGAAAGGCUUUAAACCCAGGGCCGCUUAUUUAAAAAUCAAGGAUUAUGACAUUAACCUCAUUUAUAGUCGAUCAGCAUUAGGGUUAAAAACACGUAACUAAUCUGAUUAGUUUUUAUCCUUCUUUUCUUUUCAUAUUGCUAACUCAACUAAGUUUACUACAGUGAGAAUCGUACAAUCAUUAUUAUGGAUUCCUCAUUUAUGAUAAAGUUAAACAACAUAGCGGAAAAGUAUAAUUAUGAAUUUCGUGAUUGUGAUAUAGUUGAUUUAACAGAAUUUUCAAUCACUAAAACAGGAGAUUUCUUAUCAUCAUUACCAGAUAGUACAUUAUUAGAUGAUGAAAAUGAUUGUGAUAUUGAAAAUAUUCAACCAUCUACAAAUAGAACAGGAUCUUUUACAAAUACUACUAUUGUCGGUACAUGUAGUGAUACAGAAAAGGAAGAAGAAAACGAGGAAGAGGAGGAGAAUGAGAAAGAAGUAACAAUGGAAAGUUCAUUAUUUAAUGAAAAUUCCAAAAUGGAUUUUAAUAAUGUAAAAGCUGCUUUAUGUUCAUUGGAGAAAUCAGUAUCUUCUUGGGAAAAGCGAAGAUUUGGUUCACUGAAUGGAUCAAACUUAUAUACUAGCAAUAGUAGUAGUAGUAGCACUAAAAACAGUCCUAUGACAGAUGGUGAUAGAAAUCAUUCAAAAGAUAGAAUAUCAUCAUAUAUGAAAUCUAAUAAUUUACAUCAUAUUAAAAGAAUUUCACAUAAAGAUAAAUGGAAAUCACCUAUACAACUAUCAACAUCAAAACAACGUGUUAUUGAAUGGUUAAAACAACAAGAAUCAUUUAUGUCACAAUUUAUAAUGUGAUGAAUAAUUGUGAAUGAGAUUAAGAUAAAGGAAAUACUAUAGAAUAUCCUCAAUAAUAAUAAUCCAUCUUAUUCUUUGGGACAAUUUCUUCCCUCCUUAUUGUACAGUAGUUAUAUUAAUUGAAUAAAUAGAUGAUUUCAA